CAGUUUAUCCAAUGGGUUGAAGACCUGUGCCAACCACGCGCUUACCCACAGCUGUUCUCUCCAUGUGAAGACUUGGGAAUCGUCCUCGCUCAUGCUGAGUACAACGACUUGGCUACAUGCUACUGCUGUGGUACAACGGUGGAAAGCAGGCGGCUAAGUGGUGACCCUUCCGUUGGACACUGCAAUGUCUCCCCCAUUUGCUCUAUCAUCGGGAACUUUCAUGGGGCUUCGCUCGGCGUGAAAGUCGCACAUCCAAAACACCUAGCACGGCUUGCAGAAAAAGGCCGCAUGCAAGCCACUGAGGUGCAACGAAACCUACUGCGUGGGUUGCUCGACGAGUUCGACAUUGCAGAGUACGCGAAGCAAGGCAUCGACAUCGGUGUUCUGUACGUUGCGGCUGCACACCUGCGACCCGGUGCCGAAAAAUCUGACUUAAUACAGGAGAUCGAUCAUCUCAUGCGGAAGAGAUGCGACUCCGUAUAUCCCUCCACUGUGAACGGACACCACAAUAACCGAAUCAUACGAACAGUUGAUUUAAGGAAGAAACAAGUUGUGGAUGGACGCGCACUAUUGCCAGGGUCUAUGAUUGACCAGCAUGCGCCACCUGAACGGGGAGCACCGGACGAAACGUGUCCAGUCGUUGCAGGUCCAUCAGCUCCAUCAAAAUACCCAGAAUUUGCGGACCUGGAGGAUAGCAUGGACACCUUCAAUGGCUUCCCUUUCCGACCUGGAUGCACGAUGAACCCUCACGAUACGGCGCAAGCCGAGCCGUUUUCAACAGGGCAAAAUGGCGAAACCAAGUGCUUCAAUUGCAGUUGGGCACAUCGCUUAUCGGAGCCCGGCGACGUGCAACUGGAGAGGCAUGCGUUGCGGAACACUGAAUACGAACACGCCAAGAGCCAAUACGAAGAUCCGCCGCCGGAUUCUGGCAUUGGAGGUCUGGAAAGAAAGGCUUCGUCGCCAUCCUUGGAUAACAACGUAGACGAUGACUUCGGUGACGAUAUGAAAAGCGACGCAUAAGCUGUAGGUAACACGCCGUACUGCGUAGAAGAAACACUAGCAAUACAACAACGAACACUCUGUCGUCACUACAUGCUCACAUGCUCUGCGUGCAGUGUAGAGCCUUCUCAGUUGUAUAUUGAAAGAAGACUGUACUAUGUAUACAACUACAGUGCGAAAUCAACUCCAGCGCAAAGCAUAUAUCCAAGCUUAUAUCUCUAAUCAAGGUGACAGAAUUGUAUAAAUAUAGCCUAAUUAUAACCUAAAAGCGCAUGCAUUCUAAAAAAAAAACUUAAUUUUCAUAAUCUGAUCAAACUGGUGAAAGAUGAACACUAUAUAGAUAAUAACGAACUUCAUGAACACGUAGACGGUGCGUGGGAAGACAGAGAGAGGGCGAAUAGGGAAUUGAGGACAAAGUGAGUUGAAGGAAGGUCAGAGAAGCCGCUUGAAGGCCGGGUGGAUACAUACAGGACGGCACACUAAUACAAUUGCCCACACUCUGUAUGGCCAAUGAUUCUCACAAAAGACGUUUUCGCCUGUCUGGUUCCCACACCAGCACCGCCGUCUGGGACCAUAGGGGUUGACAAUUAUUACAGAGUCUUGGUGGUCCGACAAAUUUGAAUCUGGCUUCUUUUUUUUUUUUUGGGAGGGGGGGGGGCUGACCUAUGUAUACAAAGCCACAAGCUAACGGAAUGAUUUUUUUUUUUUGCACAUGGAACAAAGUUUAUGGUUCUGUGUUCAACAUUACAUCCAGACUCUGUUUCGAAAAAAGACGUUAAACGAUCUAACCUGAAGUUGUUCCUGAAGAGGAGACGGACUCCCAUCGCCUUCGACAUAGCGGGGGGGUAACGUUGGUAGAC